AUGCGAAUUUUCUCGUCUUCGCAAGGCUUUGAGGUUAGAAUAAAGAGCGUUCCAGAAGCUAUUAUUAUUAAAGCAGGAAUGGCAAGCGAAUUCUUAACUCCUAUACAGAAAGCUUUAGCAGGUCUCUUAAAUUUUCAAAGUUAA